UCCACCCAUCUCCUCUCCUUUCAUUACCAAACACCCAAACACAAGACAUGGCCUCCACCUUAUUCACCACACCAACCUUCACACCUUCAAUCCAAAAACACUCCCAAUACACCCCAAACCACCAGUCCUUCAAUGGCCUAAGACCCCUUAAACCCACAGACUCCACCCUCUAUUCCCUCACCAAGGCCCACCAGUGGGCCCCACUCAAAUCCAUCAAACCCAAAUCAAAACUGGGCCCACGGGCUGAUCUGAGCGCUCCGCUCGUGAUCAGCCUCAGCACAGGCCUCUCUCUCUUCCUUGGACGGUUCGUGUUCUUCAAUUUCCAACGUGAGAAUGUGGCCAAACAGGGUCUGCCAGAGCAGAAUGGUGUGAGCCACUUCGAGGCUGGGGACACCAGGGCUAAGGAGUAUGUUGGGCUUUUGAAAUCGAAUGACCCGGUUGGAUUCAACAUCGUUGAUGUGCUUGCAUGGGGAUCGAUCGGUCACAUUGUAGCGUAUUACAUCCUCGCGACGUCCAGCAACGGCUACGAUCCCAAGUUCUUCGAUUGAUCAGAUGCGGGUGUCGAUCCAACGGUCACGAUGUGCGCGUGUGUACAGUUGGAGAGAUGUGCUCUUUUGUAUUCUUAAUGUAAGCUUUAAUUGUUA